CACUUCGUGUUUCCACAAAAUACCGCAGAAGAGUUUUACUUUAUACAUAACACGAGAAGACCAUGUACAACAACAGCACGGCAACGUGUGAUCUCAACAGAUUACUGAAUGUCUACUUUGAGGACAAAGUGAAAAUCAGACGAAAUGAAACCAAACAGGUGACUGAAGUUGUUCAAGAGAUUGUGGACAAUAUCUUGAAGGCAGUGAAUAACGUUGAUCCAAGAUUUGCGCGGCCAAAUGAAACUAAACAUGUGGGAUCAUAUUAUCAAGGCCUGAAGGUGAAAAGAUCAGACGAGUUUGACAUUACUGUCCCCAUGACGUCUGUACCCACCUUAGUGUGGGGGUCGUACACGGAUCGCUACUACGGUUUCAACCGACCGGUGCCGGAAUCGCAGACAACAGUUCCGAAUGACCUGACAGUUGUCAGAAAAGACGUUCCUCUGCCUCUCCCGCCAACGGGACAAAUGGUUGUGUCCCUUAAGAACGACAUUUGCGGACGGCAACACGCAGAUUUGAUGUUUGAUGGGGAUCUAAUCCCAUUCUAUGUCCGCAGGUUGUUCAAAAGACUGGUCACUGACGCCAUCAGGGAUCUGGGUUUACGAGAAAAAGUACGAGUGUCAAAGCUGGUUCAUGGUCCGGCAAUAACACUGAAGAUCACGACUCGUAAGCUGCCAUUUGAAGUGAGCGUUGACCUUGCACCUAUGUGCGAUUCGAAAUUACAUUUUAAGUCCUGCAUAAACUGGCCUAGGAGAGAAGCAAGAUGGCCGCCGGCAGAAAAGAUAGAGAUGAUAAAAGCUAUCGGAAUUAGUGCGGUAGCGAAGAAGGACUUCAAUUGGACGCUGUCUUUUGCCGGAUGCGAGAAGGAAUUAAUAAUCCACAUAGACGCCAAUGAAGGGGUGAGGAAGGAGUGCCAUAGGAUUAUGAAGUCGUGUAGAGAGGAAUGCUGGUGCCCAAAUGGCAUUAAGCAAGUUCUGACGUCCUAUCAUUUGAAGAACUUGCUGUUCUGGGCAUGUGAACAGAACCCACUGGACGGAGACUGGACUCAGGAUAAGCUGGCUGAGCGCUUUCUGGGCAUGACUCGUCAACUUCUCGCACACCUGCGUCAACGGAACCUUCCAAUGUAUUUUUAUCCAAAAAUCAACCUGUUUAAGGAGAAAGACGCGGAAUACUUGGAUCAGGUUGCCGAAAGGGUGGAAAAGUUUCUUUACGAUCCUGUUGCGAAAUUUUCUAGCUAAAAAUGUAAUUUGGCUUCCAGCUUUAACUAAUUUGUGAGAAUUUACUGUGGAGUUCAGAUUCGAAUCCCCUUGGCAAAUAGCAUUCAAGUAUGAAUGGAAAGAUUGAGUACAUAUGCAUAUUUACUUUCUGUAAAUUGGUGAAAAUGCAGUCUGGAUUCCAUCUGAAGAAAUAAGGGACCAUCGCAGUAGGCCUAAUAACGUUGGUGAUAAUGUAAUAUGGAUUCCAGCCUAUGGCCUGAAAGACAAGGACCUGAAUUCCAAUCUAAGACAUGAUUAGUAAGACUGAAAUGAAUAUCCCAACUUAAUGUAUGAAAAUGUAUCAGUGCUCAAGACAGUCAAGAAUGUAUGAUAAUUGAUUCAAGUGCUGUUCAUAGGCACGUUUUACUCACCAUUAAAGGUUUUCUGAGGUCGGACAUGUAUAAAUCCGUAUAUUGUUGUUUAUACUAAACAUAGUGCAACAAUGAAAGGUUCACAGUAUUUCUAACCAGGCAGCGAUUGUGUACAACAUAUAGUAAUUUAGAUUGACCUAAUUAUUUUUUCCAUUUCUCAUAUACAUGUAUAAUUUUUUCAUCUAGGGAAUCCCCUGUUAUUUCUGAAAUUUUCAAAGUUGAUACCAUUGAACAGAUUGUAAGACAGCACCUGGUUAAAACGUACUUCAAUCAAAAGCAUGAUUCUCAAGCUUUUUAGAAAGUGUCAGGUACCGCAUUAUUUCAAAGAGAUUUCACCGAAUAAUUUUGUAAAUAUUUCAUAGGGAUUAAAAUCACCAGCACAAACCCCUCCGGAGGCUACGAUUUGAAACAGGAAUACUUCGGCCGUGCAUCUGCAAGUUACUUAAACUGUAAAUGGUAUAGCAACUUUACUGUAUCAACAGUUCUAGCAGUGGAAGAAAUAUUCUUUCUGUAUGUGCAAUUUCUGAGAAAACUAUUCAUCGCAUGGACCUUCGUCGUUGAAGUCCACAACUUUUACCUGCCUUGACUAUAAUACGGAAAAUAACUUCGGUGAUAGAGAGCUAGAGUACACGUGACGUCACCAUGAUGUCGUCACCAUGGAGACGCGCUGAAGCUGUAUCAAGACGAAGUUUCACUAAAAUUUUACUGGGUUGAAAAAAAUCUAAAAAAAUAUUUAACGCCGGAAAAUGUGGAUCGGGUGCCCUCGAGUGGCAAGUCAUAUUUAAGUCUGUUUUAUGUAUUUGUCUGGCUAGUUAUAGGGGAAUAUUUUGAAAGUUGUGCCUCUUUUAGUCUAUACCAUUGUCUUACAAAAGACAAUAGCUGUGUAAGUCACAUGUAUACAUGUAUAACAAGCACACCGGUACGUUACUCUCACCUUACAGUCAUUCAGCUAUUUAUUUAUAACUAUAAAUACUGACUAAUAUCUCCCUUAUUACAUUUUAUUGUGUACAUUUGUAUCCAAAGUGUUGGUAACAUGACUUUUAAUAGCAAAUUACAGUAUUUAUUUAGCGUGUUAUAGGCUCUACAACUGUAUGCCAGUUAGGUGAGAAUUGUAGGGGGAUUUCCUGAAUUACAAUCGGGGAUUUUCUGAUUUACAGUCGGGGAAUUCCUGAAUUACAAUCGGGAGUUUCCUGAAUUACAGUCGGGGAUUUCCGGAAUUGCAAUCGGGGAUUUCGUGAAUUACACGGCAGCCAUAAAUAUAUAGGAAUCAAUGAGCAGGUGAGCCGCCACCCAUCAAUGCCAGACAUGCCUGUACGCAUGCUCCUGACAGCGUAUGUGUCGCUCUGUGCUUGCGUUGUACAUAUCUGCCUCCAAUAGACAAGCUUGACAUUCAGAGGCCGUGCUUUAGAGACAACCCGGCUUGUUCAAUCAGCCUCAUAACU